AAAAUAAAAGAAAUCAGAAAAAACGAAACGAAAUAACAUAAAUCAAGUAGAACCGCAGAAGAAGCAGUACACAUAUCCAACUCUGACCCUAACAAUUAACAUAGGUCAGCUAAUAUCCGCCCCCAAGCGACGGAUCUAGGGGGCCGUCCCCGGGCCACGACCCAUCCCUCUCCGGACUCAAAGCUCAUACGGGGCGGGCGCACUUGUAAAUUUUGAAUUUUGGGUAUAUAUUUCAAAUGUUUAUAGAGUUACGAACUAGCCCUCUUCAUCAUUUUUUAAAUACGACCCAGUACUCUAACCUGUUCCGAAUCCGCCCUAACAUAGGUCCAAUGGAGUAAUGCAGGACGGUAGUAGUUCCAAUGAGGCAAUGACCAUCCCUAACUGACAUACGACCCAUACCUGUAUAUGUACAUUCUACUUCCUUCCUACCCCCAUUCCUUUUCCUAUUCUUUGAUGGAGUCCGAGUAAUUAAACCCUCCCACUACCUACAAUUUGGCUUGUCAUAAAUAAAGCCCCUUCCUUCCUUCCUUCAUUCAUCUCCCUCUCCCAGUCUCUCUCUGCCUCUGCGUGUAUAUAUACACACACACACAGAAAUAAUACACAGCAACGCAAACAUAGCAUUGCCUUGUUAUUCUUACUUAGUUAUUGGUCACUUAACUUUCGCCUUCCUUGCUAAUAUUUAUAUACCUUCCGUCCGUCCGUCCAUCGCCUCCUCUGUUCUCCUCUGCGGGCCGGAAUCGAGAAGCAGCGUACGUACGUCUGUCAUGGUGAGCAUAAUUUCGCUGGUGACAGGAAGGGCCGGACCGAGCGGGUUCGGUUCGGCUUCCACCGCCGAGCUUGUCACCGAAGGAAUCGACGCCUCCCAUCUCACCGUCCUCAUCACCGGAGGUGCAAGCGGGAUCGGACUGGAGACGGCAAGAGUAAUGGCACAACACAAAGCCCACGUCAUCAUCGGCGCGAGGAACAUGGAAGCUGCAAGCAGGGCCAAACACCUCAUCCUCAAGCACACUCCGAGCGCCCGUGUCGACGUGCUGCAGCUGGACCUGGCUUCUACCAGAUCCGUCAGAGCUUUUGCCGACAGCUUCAAGGCUCUCAAUCUGCCCCUCAACGUCUUAAUAAACAAUGCAGGAGUGAUGUUCUGCCCUUACCAGCAGUCUGAAGACGGGAUCGAGAUGCAGUUCGCUACCAAUCAUCUGGGUCAUUUCCUGCUGACGAACCUGCUGCUGGACAAAAUGAAGGAGACAGCUCGAGCUACAGGUGUGGAAGGCAGGAUCGUGAACCUGUCCUCCAUUGCUCACAUCCACACUUACCGACACGCCAUCCUCUUUGACGAUAUCAACGACAAGAAACGUUACUCGGACAAAAGGGCGUAUGGGCAGUCCAAGCUGGCCAACAUCCUGCAUGCCAAAGAGCUCUCCCGACGCUUCCAGGAAGAAGGAGUGAACAUUACAGCAAACGCAGUGCAUCCAGGGUUAAUCAUGACUCCUCUUUUCAGAUACUCUGCCAUUUCCAUGAGGAUUUUGAAGUUCUUUUCCAGCUUCCUAUGGAAGAACGUGCCUCAGGGAGCUGCGACGACGUGCUACGUGGCGCUGCACCCAGCGAUGAAAGGUGUGACGGGGAAAUACUUUGCCGACUGCAACGAGAUUCAACCAAGCUCCCACGCCAGGGACGAAAUGCUGGCCAGGAAGCUCUGGGAUUUCAGCAACAAGCUCGUCAACUCUGCUGCCUCUUCCAAAGCUUAAUCAAACACAAAAUUCAUAUUUCUACAUUGCCCUUCUUUUUUUUCCCUUCCCCUUUAUUGAACGAAAUAUAUAUGGUUAUCAACUUAUCAACUUAUCAAAUCUCAUGGAUGUUUGAUUGUUAGUUAGCGUGCGCCGUGGACAGGAACACUGUUGUUGCUCGUUUGCUAGUUUUCCUUCCCAUUAUGUCUCAGUGACACGUACAUCGUCUCAGCCAAUCCCCGUGUGACACGGCAUUGAGAUGCAAAGGGACGAUUGCAACCUCCAGAACAAAUACGUACAGCUUUCUUCAAUUCCCUGUAUGUCACAACGUCGCUAUCCUCUGCUUUCAUUCUGCAAUAAUAAUUCCUUCCCAACCGUUGUUUUGAAUGCGCCAUUUAAAGAGAGUCCUUCAUUUUUGGAAGGAUCUCAGACCAACCACAGCAAGCACCACUUCUUUUUUUUCUCUGUUUCAACUAAUCCUCGGAGAGGCCCCAGCCAGUACCCAAGCUAAUCUUGGCACAGCCAUAACUCUACUGUGAAGCUGAGCUUGUAAAAACUGAUUGUGAAGUUUUUCUAGAGUAUGGGGAUACUUGGAACCCUAGCUAGGGUUGUUGUUUGAAGAAAAGGGGAAGGAGAAGUAGACUUGUUUGUUUAGAGAGUAACUAGAAACAUUGCGAUUAGUACAUGACAAAUGCGUUCAAGAGUUGUACUACAUUCACAAUUUGAGCAAGUUUUACUUGUGCAAUAACUUAAUUGAUGACAA